AAGAACCCAUUGCCAUACUUCCACCGACCCAUCGCGCGGCAUCUGGAGCAUCACGCACGCGCUUACUCUGUUCGCGGGCCUCUCUACGUAGAAUUUCUGUGACGCGCUUCGCCCCCCGAGGUUAUUUAAGCCCCUCUUACACAUUAAUUCAGCAUGUCGGCAUCACCAGUGAAAAGAGCGAAGAUGGAUAGUGCCUUAGAGCAGCUGAAGCAGUUUACCGUGGUGGUAGCCGACAGUGGCGAUUUUAAUGCCAUUGAGAAAUAUAAACCACAGGAUGCAACUACAAAUCCAUCGCUAAUCCUGGCUGCUGCCCAGAUGCCUGCCUAUCAGACCCUGGUGGAAGAUGCUAUCGAGUAUGGAAAGAAACUUGGCGGAUCUGAGCAAGAACAGACAACUAAUGCUAUUGAUAAACUCUUUGUAAACUUUGGAGUGGAAAUUCUGAAGAAGAUUCCUGGCAGAGUGUCUACAGAAGUUGAUGCAAGAUUAUCCUAUGACAAAGAACAGAUGAUUCAGAAGGCACAGCAGCUCAUCAAACUGUACAAAGAAGCCGGGAUUGACAAAGAGCGAAUCCUUAUCAAGCUGUCCUCAACCUGGGAAGGAAUACAGGCGGGAAAGGUUCUUGAAGAGGAGCAUGGCAUUCAUUGCAACAUGACUUUGCUGUUUUCUUUUGCUCAAGCAGUAGCCUGUGCAGAAGCUGGUGUUACCCUGAUAUCUCCAUUUGUGGGACGGAUACUUGAUUGGCACAUAGCAAAUUCUGACAAAAAAUCCUUUGAACCAUCUGAAGACCCACUCAGGCAAGCGACUUGCAGAAGAUUCACUUGGAUGAGAAAACAUUCCGAUGGGAGCAUAAUCAAGAUCAAAUGGCAGUGGAGAAGUUAUCCGAUGGUAUCAGGAAAUUUGCAGCAGAUUCGAUCAAAUUAGAAAACAUGUUAAGGACCAAAAUGUUCAGUGCAGAAAAUGGACAAUGAAGCAGUCGUUCCUGGAUCAGCAUUGUGCUCUUGGCAACCUGAAGACAUGAAAUUUUACAGUUGGAGAUGACUAAAAUGUGCAUCUGUAUUAUGAUGUGAUCUUUCAGCUGCCAACUGAGUCGCAGUCUUCUUGGUGACAUUGUACUGGACCAAAGUCAAUAUUUUAAACUGUGUAUAUUUGAUACUGAGAUUUUCCCUUUAAUAAAACAGUACUUAAUAUGUUUA